UUGCGUAUCGGGCAAGGAUGCAUCGAUUUUUUUGUUGAGCUGGAGCUAUCUGUAACCGUCACCGAGCAAAACCUGGCAGACCGAGUUCGGUAUAUCUUGCGCUCUACAUUUGAUGUCACCGAAGUCGAACGGCUACGACGUGAGACUGUUCUUUCAUCGGAUGAAAAUGCUACGGUUGAUGAUGCGGCGCCACAAUUUGCAGAGCAACCGGCAAGCGUGGAUGCCGCCGUGAAUACCCCAGUUUUGGUUGAUUCAAACGAUGAUGGAACAGUCAGCCAGGAACUGGAACUGGAGCAAAUGAGGAGUACAUUGGAUGAGGCAAUUUUGGAAACGCGCAGUACGCCUCUCGAAAACCGACCGCGACUUCCCCGCAUAGCCCUAAGCAAGCGGAAUCGUGAGGGCUCUGAACCCGAUAUUGGUGACCUAUUUGGAAGCCAGCCGGGAUCUUUGCGAGACGGACUCAAUUCUCUAUGGCGCCGCACUGGCAGUCCGCUGUAG